UACUGUGGCAACCCACGGGUGCAGGUCCCUAGGAGCACCAAUCAGCACCAAGGUCAGGUGACUAAAAGGGGAUACGCCCCGCCCCCCCCCCGGGAGACAACGAGCGGCACAGCUGCGGCUCAUGAGGCUGAUGAAGGUGGGCCCCACUAUAAAGGACCAACCGUUCCAACAGCCAGGGAGAACUAGACUGAGGAGACCGAGUGCUGGACCGUCGAGCGGGACCGAGGGACCCAAACCCUCCAAAGAGGAAGAACUUACUUUGGCUUUUUUUUCUUUUUGUUUGGACGUUUAGAAAUAAAUCAAACCUUUUUUGUGCAACCACUCGUGACUCCCAGCAGAUUCUUUUUGCCCACACCCGUGGAUUGCCACAUAUGGUGGAGGAUGCGGGCAAUUCUUUAGUUCCACCGCCGUAACCCCGAAAGCAGGAGACUAUGGGAGAAGCAAUGGAGGCCGCGAUGGCCAGGCUUCUCCAAGCCCAGGCGCAGCAGGUGCAGAGCAUGGCAGCCCUUCAGGGGACAUUCGACCGGCUGGCUGAGAACUUAACCCCAAGGGCCCCUCACGCGUCCCCAACAGCUCUACUCACAAAGCAGACCCCCGGAGACAAUGUGGAGGCCUUCCUUGAGGUCUUCGAACGAACGGCAGAACGUGAAGGCUGGCCGGAAGACAGGUGGGCACACAUUCUGGCGCCUUUUCUGACAGGGGACGCCCAGAGGGCGUACCAAGACCUCGGGACCAGGGAGGCUACAGACUACCCAACGCUGAAGGGGGCCAUCCUGGCCCACUAUGGGCACAAUUUAGCCGGCCGCGCCCAGCGGGUCCACGAUUGGGUGUACGACCCCCAGGGUCCCGUGCGGAGCCAGGUGGUGCGCCUGGGGAGGCUUACCCGUAGCUGGUUGGUGACCGGGGAGGGUCCAGCUGCCAUCGACCGCGUCGUUAUGGACCGCUGCAUCCGGGCCCUGCCUCUCGACGCCAAGCGAUGGGCAGCCCAGAACCACCCCGCGUCGGUGGACGAGCUGAUUAACCUACUGGAGAACCAUCGGGUCAGCCAGCAGAUGACGGCGGGGACAUGCCCUGCUCCCCGAGGCCUUGAGGGACGGGCUCCGAUCCGGCCAUCAGCAACCCUUCUUCGCCCGGCUCCGAGAACCGCUCCGCGCCCAACACCCGACAGGUCUGAGUGGAGAUGUUUUUCGUGCGGCCAGUUAGGACAUAUUGCCCGGCAGUGCCCUGCGGGCGAUGUGCCCAUGCCCUCCGCCAGCACGGAGGAACAGCACCGCCCAGGGAGGUGCCUCAUGACUACCUGUUGGACCCCCCCGAUACCCGGCGCCGCAACUGUGCCGGUUCGGGUGGGGAACCAGGACACCUCAGCCCUGAUAGAUUCGGGUAGUGUGGUUACCCUGAUCCGCCCUGAGUGGGCGGAAGGAGAAGAGGGGCCACGCAUCGAGGUGACCUGCGUCCAUGGGGACCUCAAGGCAUAUCCAACGAGAUGGAUCCAGGUGUGUACCCCCCGGGGAUCUUUUUCCAUACGGGCUGGGCUGGUUCCCGACCUCCCGGUCCCCAUGAUCAUUGGACGCGACUGCCCCAUUUUUGAGAGAUUUUGGGGUCUGCGACCGAGGGGAGGGCACGAUAGGGCCUCCCAGCCAAGACCCAUCCGACGCGGGAGACCCAGGGCUGCCUGUGCGGCCCACGCUCCGUCCGGUUCGUCCGACGAGGGCCCCCCGGAAGAGGCAAGACCCCUUCCCCCCUCGCCUUCGACUGCACCCGGAGGCUCCAACCGGGCGAGGGGCCGAACCCCCGAUACGGACACCGCUACGGAGGGAUCCCAAAUCCCCAGAGGGGGGGAGGGCGGGAGCCUUACGGAGUUCUCAGAAUUCCCCUUAGUCGCGGACGGGAUGGGGAACAGAGAGGGCCAGUUUGCUACAGCCCAGAAAGAAGACGACACCCUGAAACACGCCUGGGCUCGGGUGCUCGCCCACGACGGACAGCCCAUCGACCCGGUAAUGGAGGCCGAUGGGAAGAACUGGGACCAAUUGCUACCCUACGUUCUGUUUGGGGUAAGAGAAGUGCCUCAGGCGUCCACAGGGUUCUCCCCGUUCGAGCUGCUGUACGGGAGAAGACCCCGCGGACUUUUAGACAUCGCUAAGGAAGCCUGGGAGAGUCAGCCUUCACCCCAUCGCACCAUCAUCGAGCACGUGGACCAAAUGAGGACCCGGAUGGCCCAAGUCUGGCCAGUAGUGAGGGAACACCUGCAACAGGCACAGCAGGCCCAAGCCAGAGUGUACAAUCGGGGACCGCCGGCGCAACCCACCCCGGCCCUUACCGCUCGGAUCCCGUUACCGAAUGUGCCCAUGGGAGACCAUCUCAGCCCGAGUCAGCUGCAAGACCUCCGUGAGGUAGUGUGGCAGCACCUGGAUGUCUUCUCCGACCUGCCGGGCAGGACCGCCGUGGCCACCCCUGACAUAAGGACCGAGCCAGGAGUAACGGUUCGGGUGAAGCCGUAUCGUGUCCCCGAGGCGAGGAGAGAGGCCAUCAGGCAGGAGACUCAAUGA